AAAGGGAAUGUACACACAAAUUACCCUUUAUGCUGCACAAUUAUGGCAAUCGAUGGGAUACAAAGAUAAAUUAUCUGCACAAACUCUUAUUGCUCAAAUUAUCAAAUUUAAGGAAAAAGAAUUUCCAUACAAUGUUGGAUAUGAUAGCCAACUAUCAUAUAAUGUGAAAAACAAAACUGAAGAUGAAUUAGUAGCAUUAAUUCAAAGGUCUUAUCUGUUUGAUGCCGAGGAUGAAAAUGAUAUAAGCGAAGACUAUGAAGAUGAAAAUAAUGGAGAAUCGGAUGAUGAUUUAGAGAUUCCUAAUCAUCAAGUAGUAGUUCUUGUUAUUAAUAACGUUGUAGAUUUGCAUCAUCAAGCGUUUAAUCAAGUAGGGGAUUUGUAUGUCUCUAAUGAAGACAAUGUCAAUUCUGAUGUCGCUAUGAAUGAAGAUCAUGAAUUUAAUUUAGAAGAAUUA